AUGAGGGUAAAUACCAGGACCUGGAAGUACUGGUGUGCUAACUUUUCUGGUGUUGUCUACUCAAUAUUGGUUAUAUUUGCUAUAACAUUCUUGAACUUAUUUUACACGUGUCCAGAGCUUUAUGGUGCUGAAGCUUGUACUCCAGUGUACUGGCAUGCUUUUGUCAUACUGUCAGAGAUAUUGGUCAACUUAUACCUAUUUCACUACUACAAUAUCAAGAAUCAGGUAUGUUUCCAACAUUUUUUGGUACAAGAUAUUACUUUUUAAUUUAUAAUAACAACGACUUACAUUGUUUUUUGUUUAAAUUUUCUAAUUUAGAUAGCAUAUUGGACAGUAAAGAGUAGUGUGAUACCAAGAAGCGAGGAAGAAGGUAGCUUACUGGAAGACCAAGAUGACAACUACAAUUCAGGGGCAACAAGUAGUGGUCGGCUGGUAAUAACUCAAGAAGGUGUAUAUAGGAAGGAAGUGUUCGUGCCAGAAUCAGUACCCAACAAGAACUACAAGUACUGUACGGAGUGUAGACAAACAAUGCCAAAGCGAUCUCAUCAUUGUCCUUUGUGUGAGAUCUGUGUGUUGAGGAAGGACCACCAUUGUUUUCUGACUGGCGGAUGUGUGGGGCUAGCUAAUCAGGUUGGUGUUUGUUUUAAAGCUGGAAAGAGUUAUAGUAUUAUAGCGAAUAAAUUGAACAUAAUUCUAGCUGAUAAAGCUAUCAUUUAGUUUUUAUGAAUAUUUUGAGUAGUUAUAACUAUAUCCAGCGUAUAAUAGUUAAUACUUAUAAUUUUUAGCGGUAUUUCAUCGUGUUUCUGGUAUGGGCAUGUAUUGGUUCGUUGUACGGGAGUUACUUUACAUUGAACUACAUUCACUACAAACUGGUAAAUCAAUGGUUUCCGACUGAAUGGCUUCGGUUUGUGGCUCCAAUUGCACUAGUCAGAUGGUUCCUGGGGUACGAUACCCUUUUCAACAUGAUGUUUUCAGUGGUGGCAUGUGCUUCUGUUGCUACCUCGUUGGCGUCAGCUGGUUUCUUUGGUGCUCAGGUAGGUUUAUAUUUCAAAAUAUGUUUCUUUUACAUUAAACUAUUAUUCAUUGUAGAAACAUAAAACAAUAAUAUUUAUCUUUAUACCUCAUUGAACAAUGUUUCAGAUGUUCUACACGCUUCAAGGCUACACAAUGCACGAUUACCAUGUUGGUCGUCUCCGGGACCAUCUCGAAUCCGAUGGCCAGAACUACUCGGAGCGAUUAGCGCUAGUGUUUGGCAAGAGAUGGUGGCUCAACUUCUUGAUCCCUCAGGUAUGGCUUCCGAACCAGAUGACACCGGAAAUAGCCAAGAAUAUCUUUGUAAGUGUGUCCAAAGACCUCUGA